AUGGGGAAGCGGGACAAUCGGGUGGCCUAUAUGAAUCCUAUAGCAAUGGCCAGAUGGAGGGGCCCAUCUCAAUCUGCAGGCCCAACAAUACAAGAUUAUCUGAAUCGACCAAGGCCCACCUGGGAAGAAGUGAAGAAACAAUUAGAAAAUAAAAAGAAAGGCUCCAAGGCAUUAGCUGAAUUUGAAGAAAAAAUGAAUGAGAAUUGGAAGAAGGAACUAGAAAAAAGCAGAGAGAAAUUAUUAAGUGGAAAUGAGAGCUCAUCCAAAAAAAGAGAAAGAAAGAAAAAGAAAAAGAAGAAAUCUUGUCAGUCUUCAUCUUCUUCUACAUCAAGCUCUGAUUCUUCAAGCAGUUCUUCAGAUUCUGAGGAUGAGGAAAAGAAACAAGGAAAAAAGAGAAAGAAAAAGAAGAACCGUUCAUACAAAUCAUCAGAAAGCUCUACAUGUGAAUCUGAAUCAGAGAGCAAAGAAUCUGUAAAAAAGAAAAAGAAGUCAAAGGAUGAAACAGAGAAAGAAAAGUAUAUUAGAAGUCUCAGCAAAAAAAGAAAGAAGACUUGUCCUGAGGAUAAACCUUUAUCAUCGGAGUCCUCAACAGAAUCAGAUUAUGAAGAGGAGGUGCAAGCAAAAAAGAAGAGAAGACGUGAAGAGCGAGAAAAAGCAACAGAAAAAGCAAAGAAGAAGAAGAAGAAACAGCACAAAAAACAUAGUAAGAAGAAGAAAAAGAAGUCAGGUUCAAACCACAAGUCCGGAUAA